AUGGCUAGUUCAGCCCGGGAGCACCUACUUUUCGUGCGGCGUCGAAAUCCCCAGAUGCGGUACACGCUGAGCCCAGAGAACCUCCAGAGCCUCGCCGCCCAGAGCUCCAUGCCAGAGAACAUGACCCUGCAGCGGGCCAACAGCGACACCGACCUGGUGACUUCUGAGAGUCGCUCCAGCUUAACUGCCAGCAUGUACGAGUACACGCUGGGGCAAGCCCAGAACCUCAUUAUCUUCUGGGACAUUAAAGAGGAGGUGGACCCCAGUGAUUGGAUUGGACUUUAUCAUAUAGAUGAGAAUUCUCCAGCCAACUUCUGGGAUUCUAAAAACAGGGGUGUGACUGGAACACAAAAAGGGCAAAUUGUAUGGAGAAUUGAGCCUGGGCCCUAUUUCAUGGAACCGGAGAUUAAAAUCUGUUUUAAAUAUUACCACGGCAUUAGUGGGGCCCUGCGAGCCACGACCCCCUGCAUCACCGUGAAGAACCCGGCUGUAAUGAUGGGGGCAGAAGGCAUGGAGGGAGGUGCUUCAGGAAACCUGCAUUCUCGAAAACUCGUUAGCUUUACAUUGUCAGAUCUUAGGGCAGUUGGGCUAAAGAAAGGGAUGUUCUUCAAUCCUGACCCUUAUCUUAAGAUGUCAAUUCAGCCAGGAAAGAAGAGCAGUUUCCCCACCUGUGCCCACCAUGGGCAGGAGAGACGGUCUACUAUCAUCAGUAACACCACCAAUCCAAUUUGGCACCGAGAGAAAUAUUCCUUUUUUGCACUUCUUACUGAUGUCUUAGAAAUUGAAAUUAAAGACAAAUUUGCCAAAAGCCGUCCCAUCAUCAAGCGUUUUCUGGGGAAACUAACCAUUCCAGUCCAGAGGCUGCUGGAGCGACAAGCUAUCGGUGAUCAGAUGCUCAGCUACAACCUUGGCAGAAGGCUUCCAGCUGACCACGUGAGUGGGUACCUCCAGUUUAAAGUGGAGGUUACAUCUUCUGUUCAUGAAGAUGCCUCUCCAGAAGCUGUUGGCACAAUACUUGGAGUCAAUUCUGUGAAUGGAGACUUAGGUAGCCCUUCCGAUGACGAGGACAUGCCAGGGAGCCAUCACGACAGCCAGUUGUGCUCUAAUGGGCCAGUUUCUGAGGACAGUGCUGCCGAUGGGGCCCCCAAACAUUCAUUCAGGACUAGCUCCACGCUGGAAAUAGACACCGAGGAAUUAACCUCCACUUCUUCAAGGACCUCACCUCCCAGAGGACGUCAGGAUUCACUCAAUGAUUACUUAGAUGCUAUCGAACACAACGGCCACUCCAGGCCAGGGACAGCGACCUGCUCUGAGAGGUCCAUGGGUGCCUCUCCGAAACUGAGGAGUAGUUUUCCCACCGACACAAGACUCAAUGCCAUGCUUCAUAUUGACUCAGAUGAAGAAGAUCACGAGUUCCAGCAAGACCUGGGUUACCCAUCUUCCUUGGAGGAGGAGGGAGGCCUGAUCAUGUUUAGCAGGGCAUCCAGAGCUGAUGAUGGAAGCCUGACAUCUCAGACAAAGCUGGAGGACAACCCUGUUGAGAAUGAGGAAGCCUCCACACACGAAGCUGCUUCCUUGGAGGAUAAGCCAGAAAAUCUUCCAGAGCUUGCAGAAAGCUCCUCACCUGCAGGCCCAGCCCCAGAGGAAGGUGAAGGCGGCCCAGAGUCUCAACCCAGUGCUGACCAGGCCAGUGCUGAAUUGUGUGGCUCUCAAGAGGUAGAUCAGCCCACAAGUGGGGCAGACACGGGGACUUCUGAUGCAUCAGGAGGAAGCCGAAGAGCCGUCAGUGAGACCGAGUCUCUCGAUCAGGGCUCCGAGCCUUCCCAGGUGUCCUCUGAAACAGAACCCAGUGAUCCUGCCAGGACAGAGAGUGUGAGCGAAGCCAGCACCAGGCCCGAGGGAGAGAGUGACCUGGAAUGCGCUGACAGCUCCUGCAAUGAGAGUGUGACCACGCAGCUGUCCUCUGUGGAGACGCGGUGCUCCUCUCUUGAGAGUGCACGGUUUCCUGAAACCCCAGCCUUUUCUUCUCAGGAGGAGGAAGACGGAGCCUGUGCAGCAGAGCCCACCAGCAGCGGCCCUGCCGAAGGGUCGCAGGAUUCCGUGUGCACUGCUGGUUCUUUACCUGUGGUACAGGUGCCCAGUGGGGAGGAGGAAGGGCCAGGGGCAGAAUUGGCCACUGCACCUGACCAGGAGGAGCUGGGGGAGGUCUGGCAGCGGAGGGGAAGCCUGGAGGGAGCUGCAGCUGCUGCCGAGAGCCCUCCCCAAGAAGAGGGCAGUGCUGGGGAGGCCCAAGGCACCUGUGAAGGGGCAACUGCCCAGGAGGAGGGCGCUACUGGAGGUUCUCAAGCCAACGGCCACCAGCCACUGCGAUCACUACCUUCAGUGCGCCAGGAUGUUAGCCGGUACCAGAGGGUGGACGAGGCUCUCCCACCAAACUGGGAGGCACGCAUUGACAGCCACGGCAGGAUCUUCUACGUGGAUCACGUAAACAGAACCACAACGUGGCAGCGACCGACAGCUCCCCCAGCCCCACAGGUGCUGCAGAGAUCUAACUCCAUACAGCAAAUGGAGCAGCUGAACCGGCGAUAUCAGAGUAUCCGCAGAACCAUGACCAAUGAGAGGCCUGAGGAAAAUACCAAUGCUAUCGAUGGGGCAGGGGAGGAAGCUGACUUUCACCAAGCCAGUGCAGAUUUCCGACGGGAGAACAUCCUGCCUCACUCUACCUCCAGAUCCAGGCUCACGUUGCUGUUACAGUCUCCCCCCGUGAAGUUCCUCAUCAGCCCAGAGUUCUUCACCGUGCUGCAUUCUAACCCUAGUGCCUACCGCAUGUUUACAAACAACACGUGUUUGAAGCACAUGAUCACCAAAGUCCGGCGGGACACCCACCACUUUGAACGCUACCAGCAUAACCGGGACCUUGUGGGAUUCCUCAACAUGUUCGCGAACAAACAGCUAGAGCUGCCGCGGGGAUGGGAAAUGAAACAUGAUCACCAGGGCAAGGCGUUCUUUGUGGACCACAACUCCCGUACCACCACUUUCAUUGAUCCCCGGCUCCCACUUCAGAGCAGUAGACCCACAAGUGCGCUGGUUCAUCGGCAACACCUGACAAGGCAACGCAGCCACAGUGCGGGUGAGGUAGGAGAAGAUUCUCGACAUGCAGGACCACCAGUUCUUCCCAGGCCAUCCAGUACGUUCAAUACAGUCAGUAGGCCACAGUACCAGGACAUGGUUCCAGUGGCACUGUGUAAUGAGAAAGGCUAUGAACCUGAGUUAAGAGUUGAGAAUUUCCCCUCUAAUAUGAUUAUUAGGUCCAAUCGGGAGAAGAUCCAAUUUAUCCGAACUGAAGGGACUCCAGGAUUGGUGCGCCUUUCAAGCGAUGCAGACCUUGUUAUGUUGCUGAGCUUAUUUGAAGAAGAGAUAAUGUCAUAUGUGCCUCCACAUGCCUUACUCUACCCCAGCUACUGUCAGUCCCCACGUGGCUCUCCCGUGUCAUCUCCUCAGAACUCACCAGGUACCCAGCGUGCCAAUGCCCGGGCUCCAGCCCCUUACAAGCGGGAUUUCGAAGCCAAACUGAGGAACUUUUACAGGAAGUUAGAGACUAAAGGAUAUGGACAAGGCCCAGGGAAGUUAAAGUUAAUUAUCCGAAGAGAUCACUUACUAGAAGAUGCUUUUAAUCAGAUUAUGGGCUACUCCAGAAAAGACCUGCAGAGAAAUAAGCUAUAUGUCACCUUCGUUGGGGAGGAAGGGCUGGAUUACAGUGGGCCUUCCAGAGAGUUUUUCUUCCUGGUAUCCAGAGAACUCUUUAACCCAUAUUAUGGCUUAUUUGAAUAUUCAGCCAAUGACACAUACACAGUACAAAUAAGUCCUAUGUCUGCUUUUGUAGACAAUCACCAUGAAUGGUUCCGAUUCAGUGGUAGGAUCCUUGGUCUUGCACUAAUACACCAGUAUUUGUUGGAUGCCUUCUUCACACGGCCCUUUUAUAAGGCUCUUCUCAGAAUUCUAUGUGACCUGAGUGAUCUAGAAUACCUUGAUGAAGAGUUCCAUCAGAGCCUGCAGUGGAUGAAAGACAAUGAUAUCCAUGACAUCCUAGACCUCACGUUCACUGUGAACGAAGAAGUAUUUGGGCAGAUAACUGAACGAGAAUUAAAGCCUGGGGGUGCCAAUAUCCCAGUUACAGAGAAGAACAAGAAGGAGUACAUCGAAAGGAUGGUGAAGUGGAGGAUUGAGAGGGGUGUUGUACAACAAACAGAGAGUUUAGUGCGUGGCUUCUAUGAGGUGGUGGAUGCCAGGCUGGUAUCUGUUUUUGAUGCAAGAGAACUGGAAUUGGUCAUCGCAGGCACAGCUGAAAUAGACCUAAGUGAUUGGAGAAACAACACAGAAUAUAGAGGAGGAUACCAUGACAAUCAUAUUGUAAUUCGGUGGUUCUGGGCUGCAGUGGAAAGAUUCAACAAUGAACAACGACUAAGGUUGUUACAGUUUGUUACAGGCACAUCCAGCAUUCCCUACGAAGGAUUUGCUUCUCUCCGAGGGAGUAAUGGCCCAAGAAGAUUCUGUGUGGAGAAAUGGGGGAAAAUCACUGCUCUUCCCAGAGCGCACACAUGUUUUAACCGUCUGGAUCUGCCCCCCUACCCAUCCUUUUCCAUGCUUUAUGAGAAACUGUUGACAGCAGUUGAAGAAACCAGUACUUUUGGACUUGAGUGACCUGGAAGCAGAAUGCCCAUCUCUGUGGACAGGCAGUUUCAGAAGCUGCCUUCUAGAAGAAUGACUGAACAUUGGAAGUUUUAAGAGGAUGCUUCCUUUAGGAUAAUGCUACGUGCUGUUAUUUUCCAGGAACAAGUGUUCUGUCACAUUUUGGGACUGGAGAUGAGUCCUCUUGGAAGGAUUUGGGUGAGCUUGAUGCCCAGGGAACAACCCAACCGUCUUUCAAUCAACAGUUCUUGACUGCCAAACUUUUUCCAUUUGUUAUGUUCCAAGACAAAGAUGAACCCAUACAUGAUCAGCUCCACGGUAAUUUUUAGGGACUCAGGAGAAUCUUGAAACUUACCCUUGAACGUGGUUAAAGCCAAACUGGCAGCACUUGGCCCAAUCUUCAAAUUAGUGCAAGUUAAAUAAUAUAAUAAAAGUAAAUAUAUUUCCUGAAAGUACAUUCAUUUAAGCCCUAAGUUAUAACAGAAUAUUCAUUUCUCACUUAUGAGUGCCUGCAUGGUGUGCACCAUAGGUUUCCGCUUUCAUGGGACAUGAGUGAAAAUGAAACCAAGUUAAUAUGAGGUACCUUUACAGAUCUGCAAUAAGGUGGUCUGUGACAAUGUAUAUGCAAGUGGUAUGUGUGUAAUUAUGGCUAAAGACAAACCAUUAUUCAGUGAAUUACUAAUGACAGAUUUUAUGCUUUAUAAUGCAUGAAAACAAUUUUAAAAUAACUAGCAAUUAAUCACAGCAUAUCAGGAAAAAGUACACAGUGAGUUCUGUUUAUUUUUUGUAGGUUCAUUAUGUUUAUGUUCUUUAAGAUGUAUAUAAGAACCUACCUAUCAUACUGUAUGUAUCACUCGUUCCAUUUUCAUGUUCCAUGCAUACUCGGGCAUCAUGCUAAUAUGUAUCCUUUUAAGCACUCUCAAGGAAACAAAAGGGCCUUUUAUUUUUAUAAAGGUAAAAAAAAAUCCCCCAGAUAUUUUGCACUGAAUGUACCAAAGGUGAAGGGACAUUACAAUAUGACUAACAGCAACUCCAUCACUUGAGAAGUAUAAUAGAAAAUAGCUUCUAAAUCAAACUUCCUUCACAGUGCCGUGUCUACCACUACAAGGACUGUGCAUCUAAGUAAUAAUUUUUUAAGAUUCACUAUAUGUGAUAGUAUGAUAUGCAUUUAUUUAAAAUGCAUUAGACUCUCUUCCAUCCAUCAAAUACUUUACAGGAUGGCAUUUAAUACAGAUAUUUCGUAUUUCCCCCACUGCUUUUUAUUUGUACAGCAUCGUUAAACACUAAGCUCAGUUAAGGAGCCAUCAGCAACACUGAAGAGAUCAGUAAUAAGAAUUCCAUUUUCCCUCAUCAGUGAAGACAUCACAAAUUGAAACUCAGAACUAUAUUUCUAAGCCUGCAUUUUCACUGAUGCAUAAUUUUCUUAUUAAUAUUAAGAAACAGUUUUUCUAUGGCAUCUCCAAAACUGCAUGACAUCACUAGUCUUACUUCUGCUUAAUUUUAUGAGAAGGUAUUCUUCAUUUUAAUUGCUUUUGGGAUUACUCCACAUCUUUGUUUAUUUCUUGACUAAUCAGAUUUUCAACAGAGUGAAGUUAAAUUGGGGGUCAUAAAAGCAUUGGAUUAACAUAUGGUUUGCCAGCCUAUGGGUUUACAGGCAUUGCCCAAACAUUUCUUUGAGAUCUAUAUUUAUAAGCAGCCAUGGAAUUCCUAUUAUGGGAUGUUGGCAAUCUUACAUUUUAUAGAGGUCAUAUGCAUAGUUUUCAUAGGUGUUUUGUAAGAACUGAUUGCUCUCCUGUGAGUUAAGCUAUGUUUACUAUUGGGACCCUCAAGAGGAAUAGCACUUACGUUACACUCCUGCACCAAAGGCACACACUGCAGUGUGAAGAAAUGUGCUGAAAAGGGGUUAUAGAAACCUGGAAAUAAGAAAGGAAGAGCUCUCUGUAUACUAUAAUUGGAAGAGAAAAAAAGAAAAAAUUUUAACUGGAAAUGUUAGUUUGUACUUAUUGAUCAUGAAUACAAGUAUAUAUUUAAUUUUGCAAA